AUGGUUGCGCGAUGGCAUCGCCCAUCACGCUCUGCUAGUAGCUUGCAGCCCAAUGUGACGACGGCAACGGGCACUAUUCACCGCUUCGGAACGAUUCCCAUCCCGCUCGGAAGACGGCCUUGUGUGAUGGCUGCUCCCUCAUGCCACAUGAAGGGCGCACAUGAGUCUCUUCUCCGCACGCUGUCUUCCCGCACUGGCAGCUGCGGUAGUCAAAGCUUUGUCGAUCUACCAGAUGCGCCGCAUUUCAUUUUCAGGUACAUGGUACACGACAUCACUGACCAGGAUGUACUGCGAACUUACCUGGUUCCUCAUACAGCGCAAUUUGGCAGUAUGUCCUUAUCUGAUCAAUGCCUUGACGUGUCUCCUGCUGUCAAUCCCACGCCAAUAUCGUCACGAGAACAGCAGAAAUGCAUAAGAGCCCAGCACACAGAAAUCUGCGUGUCUUUCACAAUGUUCACUGCAAGCGCUGGCACUAAGGAGCGGCAUCCCUGUCGGGCCUCACCUCUGUCCCAGCGCCAACCACCAAGCUCCCUCACUGCGACCGUCCCCACGAUUGCCAUGUUGAAUCAACGCGAGGGAUGA